AUGUUUUUAUUCUUUGGAUUCAUUACUUCCAAGCAGUAUAAAACUGAUGAGGAAAUUCGUGUUUAUGGCAAUAAGAUUACUCCAUACAACAAUCCUUUUGAGUCAUAUCAGUUUUAUUCCAUUCCUUUCUGCCAACCAAAUACAUCAUCCAAACCAAUCCCAACUACAUUCGGCGAUGCAUUUUUAGGAAACAAGUACGUCAAAACAGCAGUAACAAUCCGCUUCCGAAAUGAUCAAUUUGACGCUCGUCAGUGUAAAAUGAAUAUAACGGACGAAAAUUUUGCCAAAUUCGAACAUGCAAUUCGUAAUCAUUACAUAUUCCAAAUAUUUGUAGACAAACUUCCUGUUUGGGGUCAAAUUGGAACAACUUCCAAAGAUAAUUCAACACAUCUCUUUACUAAAUGGCAAUUCAACAUAGGAUACAACGGUAACCGCGUUACAGAAGCUGAUGUUACACCAUCUGUACCAGUAAAUAUCACGAGAGACAGGACAAACAUAAGUUUUACUUAUUCGGUCUCUUGGUUUGAAACAUCCGUCGGCAAAAGAGAUCGUUACAACAAAUAUGUCCAGAAUUCUGUAGGCAAUAGUGUUCAUUACGCAUCUCUUUUCAAUAUCAUAAUUAUCGUUAUAUUAAUUGUUGGAAUCAGCGUUUGCAUUCUCCUUCGUGCAUUAGGCAAAGAUAUAUCUAUUUACGAAUCAAAUGCAGUAAUGAACCAAUACGAGAUGGAUUUCCGCAUAGAAAGAGGCUGGAAAAUGAUUCACGCUGAUGUUUUCAGGAAACCUCCAUUAGAAUCACUAAUUGCAGCGUUUGUAGGUUUCGGAUCACAUAUGCUCAUUACAGGAAUUUUAUUUACGCUUUUCAACUUCUUAUUUGGACGUCUUCUUGGAAAAUCUAUGAAAUUGAAUCUUCUCUUCAUCAGUUUUGCUAUUUCUGGAUUCUUUAGUGGCUAUUUCAGUGCUGGAUUGUAUAAAAGAUGGGGAGGAAAUCACUGGAUUUUCCAUCUUUUGAUGUCAACAUUUAUUUUCCCAACAGUUUUUGCUGUCAAUGAAACAAUAUUGUCUGUAUUUGCUGCAAUUUACGGUUCAACACAGAUUUACCGUGUUAAAUCUUUAAUAAUAAUUAUUUGCAACAUAUUGUUCUUAGUUUUACCUCUUACCUUAGCAGGUGGUAUUGUAGGAAGGCAUUGGUUUAUUGUAGGAAAGACUCCGACCCAAGUUUCCUUAAUUCGUAGAAAGAUUCCAGAUCAACCUUUCUAUUUGAGCCUUCUUUUCCUCAUGGUUGUAAUUGGCUUCAUCGGAUCUAUAUCUAUUUUUGUAGAACUCCCUUAUAUAUUGACUGCUUUCCUUCAAUAUAAUUUCACAUACGCUUGGGGCUUCAUGUUUAUCGUUGUUAUAUUGUUGUUUAUUGUUAUCAGCUGCUGCUCUAUUAUUUCUACGUAUUUGAGGCUUGCAAAUGAAAAUUACGAAUGGCAGUGGCCUUCUUUCCUCGCUCCAUUCGCAACUGGUGUUUAUUGCUUCUUCUACUGCAUAUACUACAUGAAGAAGAAGACAAUGAUGAGUGGAGUCAUCCAAAUCUUGUUCUUCAUUUCAUAUUCAGUAGAUUUUAGCCUUGCUGUUGGCUUUGUAUGCGGAUUUGUAGGUUUUGCCUCAUCAGCAAUAUUUGUAAGGAUGAUGUACACAAAUCUCAAGAUUGAUUAA